UGCUGUCAUUCUGGUCUUGCUGCCCCCAGGUCCACCUUCCACUCAGCCCCUGCAGGGAAGUGUCUUAAGAUGUGAGUCUGAUCCUGUGACUUCUCUGCUUAAAGCCAUCACUGGCCCCCAGGACAAAGGAUAGGCUUCUGGCCAGGUAUGGUGGCUCGUGCCUGUAAUCCCAGCACUUUGGGAGGCCGAGGUGGGCAGAUCACUUGAGGCCAGGAGUUCGAGACCAGCCUGGCCAACAUGGCGAAAUCCCAUCUCUACAAAAAAUACAAAAAUUUAGUGGGGCGUAUUGGCGCAUUCCUGUAAUCCCAGCUACUCGGGAGGCUGAGGCAUGAGAAUCACUUGAACCCAGGAUAUGGAGGUUGCAGUGAGCUGAGAUCUUGCCACUGCACUCCAGCUUGGACGACAGAGUGAGAUUUAAAAAAAAAAAACACAGGAUAUGCUUCUGGGCCUGACACCCAAGGCAUCCAGACACUGACCCUGGUGACCCCCUUACCUCCUCUCCCCCAUGCAGCCAGGGUCUUGGCAGGAAGCAGAAUUCAGCCCAGAUGAUUCCAAUAAAGAGACUUUAAUGGAGGAAUGACUUCUAGAGAGUAGGGUGAAGGGACCCAGAAAGGAAGUGGGGGACGCAGAGACACCAGCAGCAGCAGACACUCUGUGGCAGAGGCACUAGGGUGGCGAGGGAGCCGGGAAGCAACACCCCGUCUUCUUUCUUUUCCCUCUCUACCGUCUUCUCUGAGUGCCUCCCAUUGGCUCAACCCCACUGGAAGCCAGAGGGCCCGGGGAACUGGGACAACAGGGACCACUACAUGUCAGAGAAGGACAGACGAUGGACCUGGUGGUUUGCCCUGGGGCCGCAGCCUGGCCCGGGUCACCCUGGCAUGAGGAGAUGGGCCUGCUGCUCCUGGUCCCGUUGCUCCUGCUGCCCGGCUCCUACGGGCUGCCCUUCUACAACGGCUUCUACUACUCCAACGGCGCCAACGACCAGAACCCAGGCAACGGUCAUGGCAAAGACCUCCUCAAUGGAGUGAAGCUGGUGGUGGAGACACCCGAUGAGACCCUGUUCACCUACCAAGGGGCCAGUGUGAUCCUGCCCUGCCGCUACCGCUACGAGCCGGCCCUGGUCUCCCCAAGGCGUGUGCGCAUCAAAUGGUGGAAGCUGUCGGAGAACGGGGCCCCAGAGAAGGACGUGCUGGUGGCCAUCGGGCUGAGGCACCGCUCCUUUGGGGACUACCAAGGCCGCGUGCACCUGCGGCAGGACAAGGAGCGUGACGUCUCGCUGGAGAUCCAGGAUCUGCGGCUGCAGGACUAUGGGCGUUACCGCUGUGAGGUCAUUGAUGGGCUAGAGGAUGAAAGCGGUCUGGUGGAGCUGGAGCUGCGGGGUGUGGUCUUUCCUUACCAGUCCCCCAACGGGCGCUACCAGCUCAACUUCCACCAGGGCCAGCAGGUCUGUGCAGAGCAGAGCGCGGUGGUGGCUUCCUUUGAGCAGCUCUUCCGGGCCUGGGAGGAGGGCCUGGACUGGUGCAACGCGGGCUGGCUUCAGGAUGCCACGGUGCAGUACCCCAUCAUGCUGCCCCGCCAGCCCUGCGGCGGCCCGGGCCUGGCACCUGGCGUGCGAAGCUACGGCCCCCGCCACCGCCGCCUGCACCGCUAUGAUGUAUUCUGCUUCGCUACUGCCCUCAAGGGGCGGGUGUACUACCUGGAGCACCCUGAGAAGCUGACGCUGACAGAGGCAAGGGAGGCCUGCCAGGAAGAUGAUGCCACGAUCGCCAAGGUGGGACAGCUCUUUGCCGCCUGGAAGUUCCAUGGCCUGGACCGCUGCGACGCUGGCUGGCUGGCAGAUGGCAGUGUCCGCUACCCUGUGGUUCAUCCGCAUCCUAACUGUGGGCCCCCAGAGCCUGGGGUCCGAAGCUUUGGCUUCCCCGACCCGCAGAGCCGCUUGUAUGGUGUUUACUGCUACCGCCAGCACUAGGACCUGGGGCCCUCCCCUGCUGCGUUCCCUCACUGGCUGUGUAUUUAUUGAGUGGUUCAUUUUCCCUUGUGGGUUGGAGCCAUUUUAACUGUUUUUAUACUUCUCAAUUUAAAUUUUCUUUAAACAUUUUUUUUACUAUUUUUUGUAAAGCAAACAGAACCCAAUGCCUCUGUUUGCUCCUGGACGCCCCACUCCAGGAAUCCUGCCUGCUUCCCUGGGCCAUUUGAGGUUUUGUGGGUUUCUGGAGGGUUCCCCGCCAUCCAGGCUGGUCUCCCUCCCUUAAGGAGACUGGUGCCCAGAGUGGGCAGUGGCCUGUCCAGAAUGCUGCUGGGAGUCCGGGCAUGGUGGGCACAGUUCUCCCUGCCCCUCAGCCUGGGGGAAGAAGAGGGCCCCGGGGGCCUCUGGAGCUGGGCUUUGGGCCUCUCCUGCCCACCUCUACUUCUCUGUGAAGCUGCUGACCCCAGUCUGCCCACUGAGGGGCUAGGGCUGGAAGCCAGUUCUAGGCUUCCGGGCGAAAUCUGAGGGAAGGAAGAAAUUCCCCUCCCCAUUCCCCUUCCCCUCUCGGUUCCAAAGAAUCUGUUUUGUUGUCAUUUGUUUCUCAUUUUUCCCUGUGUGAGGAGGGGCCCUCAGGUGUGUGUACUUUCUUUGGACAAUAAAUGGUGCUAUGACCGCCUUCCGCCA